GACAUGUUUUUAUUCCAGUAUGUGUAUUCGUUUCGUUUACGAAUCACUGAAAUACAAGUUACAUUAUCACACUAAAAAUUUCAUCUGUAUGUUGACAUCAAGACGUUCUGCACUUGAUGGGUUGGGAAUCCUAUAAAUGAAUUAUUAAUGUGUGAGAGUGACACAUUUCUUUAUCUUUUCAAAAGUAAUAGUAAUAUAAAAUUUUUGCAGAAUUUUUCGCACUUAUAGCUAAGAUGGCCUUAGAGUUUUUAUUUGGGCGUCGCAAGACUCCCGAAGAAAUGCUGAGGCAGAAUCAGCGAGCCUUAAAUAAAGCAAUGAGAGAUCUCGACAGGGAGCGUGCUAAAAUGGAGCAACAAGAAAAGAAAAUUAUAAAUGACAUCAAAAAGAUGGCAAAGGAAAACCAAAUGGAUGCUGUAAAAAUUAUGGCUAAGGACUUGGUUCGAACAAGACGCUACGUCAAGAAGUUUAUCCUGAUGCGAGCAAAUAUUCAAGCAGUUUCUUUGAAGAUUCAGACGUUGAGAUCACAAAAUGCAAUGGCUAAUGCUAUGAAAGGUGUCACUAAAGCAAUGCAGAGCAUGAACAAACAGUUGAAUUUACCUCAAAUUCAGAAAAUAAUGCAGGAAUUCGAAAAGCAAAGUGAAAUCAUGGACAUGAAAGAGGAAAUGAUAAAUGAUACCAUCGAUGAUGCCAUGGGAGAUGAUGAGGAUGAAGAAGAAAGUGAUGCCAUUGUUGCCCAAGUCUUGGAUGAAUUGGGAUUGGAUGUGAGUGAUAAGUUGAAGGAUCUUCCGAGCACAGGAGGAACUCUGAGUGCUGGUGUCUCCACAAAUAAAGAGACUCCUCUUGCAGAUGUUGAUGCAGAUUUGCAAGCUAGGCUCGAAAACUUAAGGAGAGAGUGAAUAUUUUUUCACAUUUCUGUGUUUUGUAUUGACGAUUUUGUUUUAAUUGUUUUGUUUACAUUUUGUAAAAUUCCAUUAAUUGCUCCUAUAUUUUUAAUAAGAGCUUCUUGUAAAAACUGUUACUGUAGUGAUGUUAAAAUAAUAAAGAGAAUUUUUAUUUGA